AUGGAUUUCGAGAUAGUAAGAUCUUCUGUGCUGAAAUUGGUUCAAGAAUCAAAAAGUAAAGGAAACUUUUCCCUUAACCGUUUGGCUGAACAUGUAUAUUCUAUGUUACAAUCCGAGUUAUUGGUCAGAUGUUAUGAUAUUGUAAACAUUGUUAAUCGUCCUUCUAUUUUGGACGAGUUGGACAAUUAUAUACCUUUUGCAAACAUCAAUGAAGUUCAAACAGGUUUGCCUCCAUUUUCAAUGGAUCAACUUAAAAAAAGAAUCACUGGCUUACAUUUACCGUACGGUACAGGUAUAUUCACUAUCCAGUUGCCUGAUUAUCAACCUCGAUUUGGAUAUCGAAGGUCAGGUAUUGUUCUUCGACAAGCAGUCAUUAAAGGGGAAGUAGAAAGUUUAUUUGUUUCAGGAGUAGAACAUGGUAGUCCAGCAAGCAAUGCAAUGGAUUUGCAUAUGGGAGAUCGUAUAUAUUCAAUAUCAGGUUACCCAUUAGACUGGCAUACAUUAGAACAACUAAGAUACAAGCUAAUUGAACUGGAUGGAUUGGCACCAAAUUCAAAUAUUUACGAUUUAGCAAACUAUCUACUUAAUAGGCCUUAUCAGAACACUGGGAUUUCCCGCGAUCAUAUUUAUAAUAGAAAUAGUAGUGUUUAUAAAGUUCCUAGCGAACAAACUAGUUUAACAGAUUUUAAACCACCAGUUCUUGUCAUUUUUCGUUAUCCAAAGUCAAAUUCAUUGUGGUCCAAUCAAAUAGCUAAUAACGAGACAAAUGAAUUACCAAUGGCAGAGAAUAACAGUUUAUUCAGUUGUUAUGAAACAGUUCUUGAAAAUGAAGGUAAUGACAAUGGGCUUGGUCUACAGAUAGGAUCCAAUCAAGAUAAUACAGGAAUUCACAUUGUAUCUAUAUUCAAAAAUAGUCAAGCUGAAAGAGAUGGUGUUCUAAGAGAAGGUGAUCGUGUAAUUGAGGUGAAUUAUCAGAAUCUUGAGGGAUUAGAAAGUAAACAAGCUUUGAAAAAAGUUAAAAGUAUAUGUCGUAACACUAAAUAUGUACAAAUUAAAUGUUCAAGAAAUAAUCAAACUACUAAUAAUAAUAAUCAUUUGAUAUCACCUUGUGAUGAUAAAAAAGAACAGCUUGAAGACAAUAAUCUACAUGAUCCUAUAUUGAAUAAUGAAGAUGUUAAUAAUAUUAGUAUUGAUGUGAAAAGUGUUUUAACUCGGACACAAUCACCGACAAUGAAUAAUUCAGAUACAUCUAUAUAUGAUUCUCAAGAUGAUUCUGUCUUAUUUUAUAAUUGUAAAUUCAAUCAACCUGAUGAAGAAUGUAUGAAUGAGACGGAUAGUAAUGAUAAAAGUUUGUUGAAAAAGUGGUUAGAUGUAUUCAAUCCUGAUGUUGAAUUAUUGUUAGUAUAUUAUGACAUCAAAAAUUCAAAUUGUGGUUUGGGUAUUGGCGUCGGGGAUACUGUAGAAGAUGACGAAAUAUUUGGUGAAAAUCAACAUCGUCAUUAUAUAAUGGAAAUUAAUCCUGAAGGACCUAUUGGCAAAGAUGGAACCUUAUCUAUUGGAGAUGAGUUACUUGAAAUUAAUAAUGUUGUUAUCGUUAACAAAGAUCAUUUAGAGAUCUCCAGCAUUUUUCCUACUAUUCCUUCUGAAGGAUAUUUAAUAUGUGCUCGUUAUCCAAAUAAAUCUCGAAUUGAUAUCAAAGUAGAGAGUGAAAAUGAUGAAUUAGCCAGUGUUGUUUUCUUCACUCAAACUCUAAGUGAUGGUGAGAUUCCUAAUGACGAUUGCAAUGAGCAGAUUUCGGAUAAUAAUCUUUUCAAAGAAACCAAUUCAGGAAUUAAAAAUAACAUAGCCUUAGCACCACCGAACAAUGAAGAAGGAAUUGAUCAACAUUCUGGAUCUGAUAUUGAUGAAAGUCGAUAUCCAAUAAAACUAUUGACGAUUUCUAAUUCUGCUCUGCAGAAUAAAAGUUCCAGUCUUGAAUUCCAAAGUGAAGAUAUUCAAACUGAUAAAAUGAUAAACGAAGAUAUUAAACCAGAAAUUGAUAAGAAUAACCUAAUAAUGAGUGAUCAGAAACCUAUCGAAUCGACACUAAUAAGUUCACUACAACGUCUACCAAUGGCUGUUAAAUUAGUGAAAUCCAUGGAAAAAUUACCGUCUCAAGUGUUCGGUUCAAUUUCUGAAAAUAAUAAUCCAGACCAUACUAAUCUGAUUCAAUCGAAUGAAAUAACCAAUCGAAAUGAUGAUAAUGAUGUGUUAACUGUUAAAGUUUUGAAAAAAGCCGGUGAAAUACUUGGUUUAGAACUGGAAUUGGAAAGUGGAGAUGAAAGAGGUAUAAAACUUGCACAUAUUACUCCUGGAAGUCCAGUAGAUCGUUUGAAAUAUUGGAAUAAAUACAAAUCUAUGAAUUAUAUUCAAACUGAUUCAGACUAUUCAAAACUUUCAGAUACUUCUUGUAUAAAUGGUGAUCAUUUACGCAUUCCUACUGCUGGUGAUCGAAUUCUAAGUGUAUCAGAUUACAGUUUUCAAAAUAUGUCAGCUUUUACAGCAUUAAGAUUAUUAAGAAAAUUGAUUUCUUAUUCUGGUUUUAUAAAAAUCAAAUUUAUACCAAGUGAAUAUUUUGGAAAUAAUCAAUUGAAAUACAAUAAUCAAUGUAGAAUUGAUAAUAUUACUAAUAAAAGUAAUGAUAAUGAUAAUGUUAAUAAUAAUAAUCAUCAUCAACUAAUACACUUGAAUAAGCAUUCAUCUUCAUUUAAAUCUAUUUUAAACACUGAAACAACAUCUAAAUUAGAUCAAUCAUUCAGAACUGUUAGAAAAUACUUAAUUACUGAAAGUAAUCCAAUUUACUACUACUCAAUGGAUACGCCUAAUAAAAAUGACAAAUUAAUUUUAAAAAAGGAACUACCAAAUGUAAAGCAAAAAAUUGAUCAGUUUAACAAAAUUGCUUAUAACCAUAUGUUUAAAUCACGCAGUAAUAUUCCAAUUAUAAAGUUGAAUAAUAAUGAAUUUCCUUGGACAAAUGAACAAUCCUAUUUGAGACAAGUGAAUAAAACACCUAAUCUUUGGAAUUCUAAUGAACAACUAAAUUCAAAGUCAGUUGCUAUGUCAAAUAUAACCACCUUCUCAAACAUUAACAAUCAGCACAAUCAUGUAGGAUUUAUUGAUUCCAAUUAUGAUGCACUUCCAGUUAAAGGCAUAUUCAAAAAUGUAAAUCAAGAAUCUAUUGAACUAAAAAAUACUUUAUCAACAGAUAAACAAUAUAAGUAUCACAAGACUAAACGUGAACAUUCAUUUAUAAUUUCUAAUCAUUCAAAUGAAUCAGAUAAAUAUUCUUCUCAAACUGAACAAAAUCAACUACUCAUUGGAGGAAAAUUAGAAAAUAAGAAAGAAGAUAAUGACAGCAACAACAAUUUAACUGUAGAUGAAUUUAUAAAUAAUAAUAUAAUACAAAAUGUUAACCUGUUGUCUGAACAGUUCACACUAUACGUUUAUAGAAAUUCUAACCAAAAUUUAGGAUUUUCAGUAUCACGUUUGAACUCAUUAUUCGACGAAACUUCAAAUUAUUACGUAGUCAUCAGUGGUAUUCAACUUCCCAAUAAAAAUAGUCAUUUACGAAUUGGGGACUGUAUUUUAUCAGUAAAUGGAAUAAAUUUAAUUAACAUGGAUUUAAUGAAAUCAGUUAGAUUAUUAAAAUCAACACCAUUUCCAAUUCAAUUAAAAAUACAAAGGUUGAAUAAAAUCAAUUUGUUAACUGAUAUUAACUAUGAAGAAGAUUUUCUGUCAGUCGAUACAGAUACGGAUGAAGAAGCUGAAAUAAUGACGAAAAUUAUUGACAUGGCACAAAAUUAUACUUCUAAGUGCACAAAAAUCAACGAACAACUUGACCUGGAGGAUAUUCAAAAUAUUAAUCUAUGUAACGUUGAAUUAACUGAAACUAAUCAUAAUACAAUAAAUGAUAAUAGAAUAACAAAAACUGUAAUACAAAGUCAAUUUGUUAAAUUAUUACGACAAAAAGUUAUCAAAUGGUUACAUAUUCAUCAAACAUUAAUUCAAUUAAAUAAAUAUAAAUUGAAACAAUUCAAUAAAGAUCAUUACAAUUAUGGUGAUGAAACUGAAGUUACAAUGAAUAAUACAGAUGAAAUGAUAUGGAAGGAUGAUAGAGUUUUAGAAUACUUAUUAAACAAAUACAGUGAAUUACCUGGAGAAAUUAUAACAUUCGAAUUACCUUUGAGCACUUUGACUGUCGAAGCAUCUCAUCAUAAAAAUGUAAAUUUAGGUUUAAAACUUGCCGGAAGUAGAGAUUUAAAUCAAAUGAGUGUUUUCGUAUGUGGAAUACAACCAGGAAGUAUCAUUGAACGUGACGGACAUAUAGAAGUUGGCGAUCAGUUAUUAGAACUCAAUAAUCAAGUUUUAUAUGGUCUUAGCCAUUUGAAUGCUGCUCCACUAAUCAGAUCUAUUUAUAUGGAAGUGAUAGGAAGAAGUAGCAAUAUUUUCAGACGUUCAAAAUGUAAUGCUUUGAGGUUUGUGAUACAACGUCAUUCGUCAAAUACAAAUCUUAUGGCAGCAUUAGCAACAAAUCAACAUGCAGAUUCUUCUUCAGAUCGAUCCAGCCGACACACCAGUGUAGAUACAACAACAAGUGCACUAACAUCACCAGUGAAGAACAUAAAUAAAGCAAAACAAUCUAUAGAAUUUAUGAAUUUAGCAUUUGGUGGUUCACAUGGACCUUUAACUCAACAAACAUACUCUACAACGUUGUAUAGAGGUUCUAAAGGAUUUGGAUUUGCAAUAAUGGAACGAAGUGCAACAAAUGAAGAAGGAAUUUAUAUUAAACAAAUCGUUGAAGGUGGUCCAGCUGAUAAAGAUGGUAUUUUAUGUGCUGGCGAUCAAUUAAUUAAAAUAAACAAAAAAGAUGUGACACAUAUACCUUACGACACAGUAGUAGAAUGGAUACGAUCUGCAAAACAUAUUCUUCAUGUACAAGUUACACGGUGGGGUUUCAAUGUUCAAGCAAGCGCAGAAACAAAAUCAUCAACUAAACGUUUCUCAGAUCCAUCUGUACUGAAUACAUUUGCAUCUGUUUUAUUUGGUAAAGAUAAUGAAAUGAAAAAUUUUCUAUCGCCAGUUAAUACAUGCCGAGAAUUAAUUAACACAAAACCUUUAAACGUAUUAUCCUCAAUUGAAAGUGGUACGAGCUGGUUAGUACCCCGACAAAUCGUAUCAAGGUAUCGUCGUGCAAGUUUUCCAAACAUCUGUUAUAAACGGGAGCAUAUUCCUACUACUGUUCUACAGCCUUUGCCAAACUAUUCAACAACUUCAAUAAACCUUCAAGGAGAUAUAAUGAAUUUCGAUAAAAUCUCAAUUUUAAUUAAUGACGAACCAGAAAUUGAAGCAACAAUCCGCCCCAUCAAGUCUGGAACUGAAACUGAAAUAUCGAUCGCAAUAAAUAAUUCUUGUGGUCUAGGGAUAGGCUGUAUAGGAGGCUGUGAAACAGCACUAAAUGUUCCAGUUAUACAUGAAAUCUAUCCUAAUGGUGCAGCGGCAAAAGAUGGACGUUUGCGUCCAGGGGAUCGAAUUAGUAAUGUCAAUCGAAUAUCAUUAGUUGGUGUACCAUUUUUGGAAGCUAUGAAUAAACUUCAAAUGGCUUAUAUUAGCAAAUCGUCUAUGAUAAAACUAGAUUCAGAUGAUGAAAAUGAAAAUAUUUCUUUAUCAAAUCAAGAACAAACUUAUUUAAAUCUCACUAUAUUUCGACCAACAGAACAAAGUCAGAAAUGGUUUGAUCAAGAAUUAGUAAUUGAAUUAUUGAAGAAAUCUGGAAAAGGUUUGGGAAUUUGUAUUGCAGAUCGAUGUGUACAUCUUAAACUAGAUGAAAAUUUGUCAGAGAAUGAAAAUACUUUAAAGGUACAAGAUAAUUCCUAUGUAAACACUUCCGAAAUGCAAACAUCAUAUGGCGUUAUUGUUACUGAAAUAAUUAAAGGAUCGAUUGCAGCAACUGAUGGUCGUCUCAUGGCAAAUGAUCAAAUCCUGGAAGUAAAUGGUAAAGAUACAAGCACAUUAACUAGUGAAAUUGUUGGUGCUCUAUUGAAGGCAGCUCCAUAUAAAGUUAUUCUCAAACUGCAUUUCUUUUUAAUGAUCCUUGUCAAGUUAGACGAUAGACUAUACAGACUAAACAAGUAA